AUGCCGCUAAAUUACUCGAAGUGGGACAAACUUGAGAUUUCUGAUGAUUCAGACAUCGAGGGGCACCCGAACGUCGACCACAAGUCAUUGGUACGAUGGAAGCAGCGCGACAUCCACGAGAAGCGUGAAAUGCGCAAGCACCGAAUCGCUCAAUUGAAAGCUGAUAUCGCUUGCAACGACGUCCUUAACCCGAGAUUGCGCGAGAUCAUGAUCGAAGUCGCGUCACAAGGCUCCGCGCAUUUCUCCUCGCUCGUUGAGCGUUUCCAAACCUCACCAUCACCAGACGCGCCCCCUACCAAUGCGCCCGAACAGCCGACUUAUGAUGCGAUGCUGCUCGCACUCAUGCUUCGAGUAUGGGAGGAGACAAAGAACCAGGGGAUCGACAAGGACGACCCACGGCUGGGCGAUGCACUCGUAGAAGGGCUAAAGAAGCAUACGGUGAAGAUGUCAGAGCACCAGGAGCAGUUGAGGCAAGAACUUGCGAAGCUGGAGGAGGAAGCGAAGGGGAAGAUCACGAGCGACGAUUUGCACGACGGGUUUGAUUCACAUUACGUCCCACCAAAACCCGCACCUCCGCCACUCAAAGGCGUAAAGCCGGAAGCAGGGACGAAGAAGAAAAUAACGACCACUGCCACCGAGUUUGAGGUGCUCAACUCAAAGGGCGUCGAAGCAGCAGAAUCCGCAUCAUCACCUUCAACAGCCGUACCUCCAGACGGUGAUGGUGAUGAUGAGCUACCAGAAUUGACGCCGUCCCUCGAGGGAUUCUCUCGCUUGCCUCUGCGCGGAUACGAGCAAUCCUGGGAGUUCAUCAAACAACACCGGGACGUUAUCGUGCCGGGCGCGUCUGAUGCGCUUCUUGUAGCGGCGUUCCGAGCGCAGAGCGCUGGGCAGUCCGAGUCCGCGCAGAAAUGUGUACACCAAAGUCUGCUGCUCCAGUACUGCGACAAACUAGGCGCUGAUGGUGUGAGGGUCUUCUUCCGCAAAAUGGUGGAUCACGACCCGCGUGCCACAGCCGUCUUUGAGAAGGACGUAGCGGACACCUACAUGCACCUUGUCGAGCGGGUACGCAUUUCGAAGGCAGAGGAGGCCGCGGCGGGACCUGGGGAGCAGAUCCAGCUCGUGCCGGAGAACCCGGACCAGACGAUCUCGUUCAACGUGCCCGAUGGGCCCCCACCUGAGCAUAUCCAGCUCGAAGGCGAGGGGCUGGAGGGCGUUAACAUCGAUGACGUCCGGCGCGCGCUGCAGAUGCGGUGGGACGUGUUUCAGGGAUUCAACAAGCCGUUGCAGGAUGCGUUGGCAUCACAGAGCCUGGACGCGGUCAACAAAGUCCUUGGAGACAUACGCAUCACGGAGGCAGAGGAGGUCGUGAGGUUGCUCGACGUCGCGGGCAUCCUGAACUUUUCGGAGGGCGGCAUCCGGGACGACACGGGGAAGGGAGAGGAGACGGAGGAAGUAUCCGACGAGUUCCAGGAUGCGGGGCAGGUGGAUUAG